AUGUUUGCGGGCAAGCGCUUGAGCAAGAUGAAGGAACAUCUGCCACCCGGUAUAUCAAUAGCUAAAUCGGAGAAUCUGGAAGAGUGGCAGAUGGAUAUCCGAGUCCUGGACGACAAUCCGCUUUAUCAGAAUCAGAUCUAUCGGCUCAAGUUUACGUUCUCGUCCAAGUACCCAAUAGAGCCGCCGGAAGUCCAGUUCAUCGAGCUGCCUAACGCAUCUGAGACCCCUCGUCCGAUCCCGAUCCACCCGCACAUAUACAGCAACGGAAUCAUAUGCCUAGACCUACUAAGCUCUGCAGGUUGGUCACCUGUACAAACAGUUGAGAGCGUCUGCAUGAGCAUUCAAAGCAUGCUGACCGCAAACACGCGCGACGAACGACCUCCAGGCGACAGUGACUUCGUCUCGUACAACCGACGCCGGCCCCGUGACAUCAACUUCUUCUACGACGACGACAACGUAUAA